AUGCCAGAGUUAGUUCAACAAGUGCCAUUCGGUAGCACUGGUAUGAAAGUUUCGCCAAUUAUUGUUGGUUGCAUGUCAUAUGGUUCCAAAUCUUGGCAACCGUGGGUUGAAGACAACAAGGAAAAGGUUUUCGCUCUUUUGAAACAUUGUUAUGAUGUUGGAUUGCGUACUUUUGACACCGCCGAUGUAUAUAAUAAUGGACAAAGUGAGGUGUUAUUGGGUGAGUUCUUGAAAAAAUACAAUAUUAGAAGGGAAACUGUCGUUAUUUUAACAAAGAUUUACUUUGAUAGUGAUGAUUCAAUGGAAGUGGGAAGUAAUUUUGCCUCGAUUAAUGAAUCUACAAAAUUGGAUUUGGUUAAUCAGAGAGGAUUAUCUCGUAAACAUAUUAUUCAAGGUGUUAAAAAUUCUGUGAGAAGAUUAGGAACAUAUAUUGAUGUUUUACAAAUACAUAGACUGGAUGAUAAUGUUCCAAUGAAGAGCAUCAUGAAAAGUUUGAACGAUGUUGUUCUUUCCGGAGAUGUCAGAUAUAUUGGUGCUUCUUCUAUGUUAGCAACUGAGUUUGCUGAUUUACAAGCCAUUGCUGAUAAGCAUGAUUGGUUCCAAUUUGUUAAUUGGCAAUCUCAAUACAAUUUGUUGUACAGGGAGGAUGAACGUGAAGUUAUCCCAUAUGCCAAACGACACAAUAUUGCAGUGACACCAUGGUCACCAAAUGCUAGGGGUUUGUUGGCCAAACCUGCCAAUGUAACUUCUGAAAGAAAAAACUUUGAUCCACGUUUAGCAUCAAUUUCUGAUGACGAUAAAGAAAUUAUUGGACGUGUUGAAAAAAUUGCUAAAGAUAAGGAUAUUAGUAUGGCAAUGGUUUCCACUGCAUGGGUUUUAAGUAAGAGGUUCUUGCCAAUCGUAGGUAUGAGUAAAAUGGAAAGAAUUGACGAAGCUGUAAAAGCCAUUAAAGUCACUCUUACCCAGGAAGAGAUAAAAUACUUGGAAGAAGCAUAUAAACCCAAGCCACUGGAAACAUUGGUCAAAUUACGUGAUUAG